AUGUGGCGGUCAUGGGCGCGAGUGCUAACAGUUAACCUUCAAGACAACAACAACAACACAUCGUCAGGUAAACAAGAUGUCAACCAGGGACCUAAGGAGAAAACACUGCUCAGCAAAAUGGGCGAGUCGGCCGCGACGACGUUCGCGUCCAUCUUUGUGCUCGCCUCUGGCUUCGCCCUCGCCGCAUACAUCUACCACAAGAGCUACAAGCUGCUCGUCGUGGCCAAGAUGACGCGUGCCUUUGAGCCUGGGGAUCCUGUGCUGGAAUUGGCCGCCAUUGGUAAAGAUGUCCCGCACGCGCCCGGCAGCAACGAUGACCACUGGGUGGUUCGACCCGAGCAGGACCAGGUGAACAAGAUUGUCUCUGGCGAAGUGGCUGGCCACUAUUUCCUGCUCGUGGGCGAGAAGGGGUCCGGCAAGAGCAGUAUGUUGAUCGAGGCUAUGCGCCGGAUUGACGGCGACGCCGUGGCCAUGUUCGAGGCACACCCCGACCUGGAGGUGUUCCGGCUGCGCUUGGGCAAGGCGCUGGACUACGAAUUCCACGAAGAUUACAUUGGUGGCUACUUUAGCGAGCGGGGACCUCGCGAGUCGACUGCCAUCUUGGACAUUGAGCGAGCGCUCAACAAGCUCGAAAAGGUGGCCCUGAAGAUGCGCGCCCACCGCAAGAAGCCCCUGAUUGUCAUUGUCAACCAGAUGCACCUGCUGCGCAAUGUCGAGGAGGGCCGCGACCUGAUCGAGCUCCUCCAGCAGCGCGCCGAGCAAUGGGCGGCGGCGAACCUCGUCACCAUGGUGUUCAACUCGGAUGACUACUGGGUGUACGAGCGGCUCAAGCAACUGGCCACGAGAAUGGAAGUCAUGAGCGUCACGGAUCUGCCCAAGAGAGAUGCCAUGACCGCCCUCGCCAAGUACAGGAAGAAGUACCUCAAGCAGGAUGUGUCCGAGGAGACCUUGGAGGACAUCUACAGACGCGUGGGCGGCCGCCUCAGCUUCCUGAACCGCGUCGCCAAGAGCAGAGAUAUGAUUGGCACGUGCGAGAAGAUCAAGGAGAUUGAGAAGCGAUGGUUCCUCAACCAAUGCUGGAUCCUCGGCAUGGAGAUGGACGACGACGUGAUGGAUCAGCAAAAGUGGGCGUCGGCGGCCAUGACCCUCGCCAAAGCGCUCGUUGACAAGGAGGAAGACAUGGAGACGUACGACGACGAGCGUGGCCACACGCUCCCGACGUACCCGUUCCACAUUGCCCAGCAGAUCAUGACGCGCUGCGAUUUCAUCCGCGAGCUCGACAGCCUCAACCUCGUCACCAUCACCAGCCAAGCCGACGUGCGCGCGAGCAGCGUGCCGAUGCACCGCGCGUUCCAGGAGAUCUGUGCCCAGGAAGGGUUCGACAAGCUCCUGGAGGACACGAUGCAGCGCAUCGCCGACAUUGAGAGCUUGGGCCGCACGAGAGAGCUGGUUGCAAAGGACCUGGUGCUGGGCGGAGAGUACGAGAUCAAGAAGGGGUCGAACGGGUUCACUGUGAAUCUGAACAUGCACGAAGACGACGACGACGACGCCACGCAUGUGCCUCAAAUUUCAGGCACCAGGCCACCUGACCAAUCCGGCCAAAGAGUCCCCACCUUUCCUCGACCCACACAAACACAAUUUGCAAUCUCCUCACCCUACACCUCUUCCCUCACCGCGCCACUGCUCAUCCGCCCAUUGACAUCAACAUCCAUCAGAAAAAACGCGGAUCCAAUGUCGAGUGGAAGCAGAUGGGCUAGCCUUGGCCUGAAUUGGUCCAGUUUUGGAUCACAGAGCAAGGAUCGCGCGCAGGAGGGGGAGAAACCCCAGCAGGACGCCCCGGACGCCCCAGACGCGACCGACGCGCAGCAGCACCCGAAUGACGCAAACCGCACCAGCAGCGGCGCCGGUGGCUACGACGACAACAACAACAGCAGCAGCCGUCGCAAUGACCUCCACGACACAAACGGGCGCGCCAUGGGCGGCGGCUUGGACGAUGACGACAAUGUCGAGGGUGUCGACAUGAGCAUGGACGACUUUGGCACCCUCGAAGUGUUUGACAGCAACGCGGUCGAAGCGCCCUACUCGUCCCAGGCGAACGCGGCGUCCUUUGCGCGCAACAACCCGGCGCCCCCCGCGCUCAUGUCGGCCGAGGAGCCACCGUCCAUCUCCAAGAAGUCAAAGAAGGACAAGAAGAAGAAGAAGGGAAGCAAGAGUAAGCACCGAGCCGAUGAGCCUGACGUGGAAGAGCCUGAGGAGGAAUCCGCCCAUCGCCACGCGAAGCGCGAACCCGUCGAGGUGGACGAUGGCCCUGUUGCGGUGGAGGCGGAGAUGACAGAGGUUGUCACAGUGCCGCAGACGAAGCGAAAGCGCAAUUCGGUCGACGCCGAUGGCAAAAAGUCCAAGAAGCGCAGGUCCCGCGAGCCCCAAGCUGCAGACGACGGCGAGUUCCUGCACCGCGACAGCGCGUCCGGACCCGCGCGCGUCGAGGAGGCCGUAGACGAAGAUGUGGACGCUGCUGACCCCCAGGGCUCUCCCAGUGUCGCGCACGUCCGUCGUCACAGCCAAUCUGGCCAGCCCCCCGCGUCGACCAAUGUUGAGGAGCUCGCCCGCGAGGCACUCACUGAACACGACAACGGGCAAGCUGAGGGCGGUGAUACGGAAAUGGCUGACGCCGAUGCCGAACCAAGAAAGCGCGCGUCGACGCGUAAGAAGGCGAAGCCGACGUUCUACGAUGAGCCGCAGCAAUUUGCGCAAGAAAUGCCGUCGCCGUCCGCGGCCGAGCCAAAGCCGCGAAAGCGAGCCAAACCUGCCAAGAAGAAGCAGGAAAAACCUAAGGCCGAGGUCGCAUCCUACGGCGACGACGAAGACGGCGACUUUGAUAGGAGACAACAGAAGCCGAAACGUAAUCGCAUGGAGGGGAAGACGCAGGGGCGAUUCUCCAAGGAGGAGAUUGACCUCCUUCGCAAGGAGUGGAAAGCAUUUGCCGAGGAGCAUGGCAAGACUGACGACGAAGUCAUUGCGAUGAUGCACUCCCGCGGCGGCGCGCAGGCUGGCGAAAUGCACGCGGAGCUCUGGAACCGACUGUUCGAAAGAUGCCCAGAUCGUCAUCGGCAAAAGGUCAUCAACACGUGCCGCAAGAACUUUCACAACUUUGUCGCGCGUGGCGCCUGGGAUGAGGCGCAGGAUGACGAGCUUCGCGGCCUCAUCGAGAAGCACGGGAAAGCGUGGUCACACAUUGCCGCGCUUCUCAACCGCCACCCGGAAGAUCUGCGUGAUCGCUUCAGGAACUACAUUGUCUGCGGUGACAACCAGAAGAAGGACGUCUGGAGCGAAGCGGAAGAGAUCAGACUGCUCCGAGUCUACCUCGAGGCGCUGAACACCAUCUACGCUGCGCGUCGUCUGACGCCUGGGCGCGAGUACACAAAUGCGCCAGAAGACUCGAUUGAUUGGCAGGAAAUCAGCGCCGCCAUGGACAACACCCGCAGUCGGCUCCAGUGCAUCACCAAGUGGAAGUCUUUCCACAUCUACCUGGGCGAGGAUGAGCAUUUUCCAUCUCUUGCUGAGGAUGCGCCCCCAGGGUCAUUCCAGCUCGAGCUGGCCCGUCGCCAGCUGCAGGAGAUGGGUGAGGAACCGCGUCUGCAGAUGAUCAGGGCCAUCCAGCAAAGCGGCGCUUCCAGUGACCUGAAGAUCCCCUGGUCCAAACUGGUCGACCGCCCUUGGCGCCUGCAGUGGCAUCGUCGCGCCCAGGUCCUGCUGUGGCACCGCCUGAAGAAGACGGUGCCCGACCUCGGCAAGGAGAAGGACAACCCCCGCGACAUUGCGCAGUGGCUACUCGACUACCACGAAGCGAACCAUGCGCUGCCCGAGUUCAUCGAGGAGGAGGGAGAUGAUGAGGUGGAAAGCAAGCUCCUGCAGACGCACACGACACCGUACGCUGAAGGAGGUGCCAAGGCUAGGGGCAGAAGGCCCAGAGUCUCCCACGAGUACAAGAGUGCCGAUAAGGUGUGGGACUCGGACGCGGAGGGCGAAGGACCUGCGGGCAAGGAGGAGCUCCAGAUUGACCCUGCCCUGCAGGAUCUCGACGCGGAACUGGCGCAGCCGACCGAAGAAGACGGUGCUGCGGCGGCUCUGGCGGAGGCGCAAAUGGCGCAGGCGCAGGACGGGUUUGAUGUGGAAGAAGUGCUGGCGGAUGAGAAGAAGACGCCCAGCAAGAAAGUCAAGAAGACGUACGGCAAGCGCAAGGGUGGGUCGUCGUCGGUGAAGAAGUCGAGCGCCAUGCUGUCCCAGGACCCGAUCGAGGACGAUGAGCUUCCUACGGAGGGAGGAUCCAAGGGGCCAGGGAAGGCGACGGUGGACGAUGCGGCGUCUAGUGAUUUCGAGGAGGACAUGGAGGACGUGCCCGCUCGCGGUCCGGUGAUUGAGGAGGUGUAG